CAAGAUCCCCCACCACCACCAACUAUCCAGAGCAGAUACAGCACAGAGGGGGGGGAGGAGAAAAAAAGAAAAGAUGGCAACCACUCCUUCAAUUCCCCAAAAAGAUGACUUUCCAAAGUCUCUCGUCUACACCCUCCCACCCCCCACCACUCCCACUCCGCCAACUAACAUCCUGAUCCUCAUGCACGGUCUAGGCGAUCUACACAACUCCUUCGCAACCCUCGGCACCCAACUCGCCCUGCCCGAGACCGCCGUCCUCGCAAUCCAAGCUCCCAACUCCCUACCCAUCCCGGAGGAAGCCUACCACUGGGGCGACGACGUCAUUUUCGACAACUCCACCGGCGGGCUGGAUUCUGAUGCGGGCUUCACGAGGACCCGCGCGCUGCUCGCCGGGAUCGUCGACGACGCACUUGCCGGGCGGUGCGGGUGGUGCGCACGCGGGAUAUUCUUCUUCGGGUACGGGCAGGGGGGCUUGGCCGCGUUGGAUUUCGUGCUCUCGCGGCCCGGGGUGGAGUUUGGUGGGGUUGUUAGUGCUGGCGCGGGCGCGCCGGCGAAGGUGGAGGCGGAAGGGGAGGGGGGAAAGUGUAGGACUCCCGUGCUUGUUUGUGCCGCGGAGAAGGGGAGUGUGGUUUCUGAGGCCGGGGAGGGGAGGUUGGAGGAACUGUUUGUGGAUGCCAAGGUCGUUAGGUGGAAGGGGAGGAAAGAGGAUGGGAUGAUGCAGACACGGGACGAGUUGUUGCCUGUCAUGGAGUUUUAUGGCAGGAGGUUGGGGAGUAUUGCAGGAGUUCCUGAGGGGGCCUUGGAAUUGAUUGCAGGUAGGGCAAGUUAGGGCUGCGACGCGCGAUGCAUCAAAGGGGAGGGGGUAAUAAUUUGGUCAUAUCAUAAUGAAAGCAAGGACGUUUGAUUUU